AAUUAAAAAAUUAUCGUUUGAUCAAGUCAUUGAUCUAAGUGACUUAAAAAAAAAAAAAAAAACAUUCCAGUUCUUUCUUACGAAAUCACUAAAGAAAAAUUAACGAAAAUAAUCCAAUUUCUUCAUAUUUUAACAGAUUAAAUUUAUAAUUCUUUUGUUUUUGAUUCUCGAUAAUAGCACAUAUAAAAUAGAAUUAACGAUGAGCUUUAAUCAGUUGCCGACUGAAAUAAAAAGGAAGAUAUUUUCAAAUCUUGAACGAAAGGAACGUCAGACGCUACGUCACGUAAAUAGUAAUUGGAAAGCUAUCAUUGCUGAUAUGACAAAGUGGAAAGACAGAUGUUCAACAAACGAAAUAAAACCAUGGAAAAAUCAAUUAAUUAAACUACAAUAUCCUUCGUUGAAAAGUGAUAAGUACAAACAUUUAAAGGAAAAAGAGUUGAAACUAAUUUUUCUAUUGUACAAAAAAUGGCGUAAAGUAUUUACUGCCGCCCAAUUUGGUUUUGAUACUUUUAAAGUUACUCUAGAAAAUUUUCCUCCUCGAGGUUUAAGAUUUUCUUAUGAUUUAUUAGCUGAUCGUUUUGCUGUGGGAACAAAUAGUAUUGGAUUAAUUCGUUUAUAUGAUAUCAAUGAACAGAUGGACAUGACGCAUCAGUUUUAUUUUAACGAUUACGCUGAUAGUAAUAUUGUAUUAGAUCGUCGUGAAAUUGAAAGUUUCAGAUUAUUAAAUUCUGCAAUUCAAAUGACACUUUGGAUGACUGGUAUUGGAACAGUAAUCAAUGUCGUAUAUUUUCGCAAUCAAAUGUUAUUUUGGGACGUUAAUAGAAAAAUUAAAAUUCCAACUCCACCGAUUUUUCUUAUUCCACGUUAUCGAAAAUCAUUACACUUACGACGGGGAACUGAUGAAUAUUUUUAUAUUAUAAAUACUUCGGAUGAAACAAUGAACAUCAUUAGAUUAGAUUACGUUGAAAAUGAAAUAACUACAACAGAAAUAUUAAUACUUCAUUAUACUGAAGAUGAUUCCUAUGAAUUUAUUGAUUUUUAUGCAGAAGGGAGAAAAAUAAUGAUAGUUCAUAAAUCGCACGAGCUAGAAAACUCGUUGCUAACAACAAUUGUUAAGCUUCCACGGUCACAAAUUUUACCAGUAAAUAUUCAUGCUUCGGAUAAGUAUACUGCAGCUUCGCAAAUGACGGAGGAAAUUCUGGAGUAUUAUGAUUUUUUCAUUCCGUGUAUGAAUAUCGUAAUAGCAUAUGCCACCGAAAAUAGAAAAAAAUUCAUCGUUCAAGUAUCACGUUUCGACGAACGUAAUAAACAUAUUACAACACUAAAACACUACGAAAUACCAGAAAGUAUUAUAUCGAACGAUGCUAAGAUUACUUGCAUGUCAUUGUAUUUCAAUCAUCUUUUCGUUGCUACAACAGAAGGUGAACUAAUAAUUUUUAAAUUAAAAAAUCUACAGCAUUUGAAAUAUUUAAAGUUCGAUAAGAGUCUUGAAACAAAAAUAAUAGACACCGAAGAAUUGAAUACUAAAUUCAAAAUAACUAAAUGUAAUGAUCAAAUUAUUAUUUUAUUAGAAAUUUUUCUGCCUGAAGUAAAGUUAAUAAUCUGUGAUCUAAAUUUGUAAUUUUUUUCAAGUACAAACAAUAUUCUAUGAUCAUUCUUAAAAAUGACUAGUUAACAUAAUAGAUAAAAAAAAGUAAAUUUGUAUUAUUAUUUAUAACUUCCCGGGAAAAAA